AUGACAUUGUGUGGAAAAGACCUUAUGUCUCUGAAACGUCAAGCCGGUAGACCGUUCUCAGAAAGCACUAUACUAAGGCUUGCUAUAAGCACGCUGUAUGCCAUAAAACAGAUACAUGAAAUCGGCUAUGUUCAUCGCGACGUCAAACCGGGGAACUGCAUGAUAGGAAAAUAUGGACGGGACUCAAGAAUGAUCUACCUGAUAGACUUCGGUAUGGCCCGCUCUUUCGUGGCUAAAGACGAAAAUGGCAAACUCGCCAUUCGGAAACCACGAGAUGGUGACCAACUAUUCCGAGGCACUCCGAGAUACUGUAGUUUGAAUACUCACUACAGAAAAGAGCAGGGUCGGGUUGACGACCUGUGGUCCUGGCUUCAUAUGCUUAUCGAACUUCAUAUCGGAUUGCCUUGGAAUCGCAUAAACGAUGAAAAAACCAUUCUCGCUCAAAAAGAAAAGAUAACGCCAAAAGAGUUAAUACGG